GGGAAAGGCUUAUAAAAGGAGGCUACCAAACCACCCAACCACUUGGAGAGUUACUGGAUCCCCCCCUACACAGGUAUCUUCCGCUCUCCAGGACUUCAGGAAACAUGUUUUUGCUAAUGAUUUGCAUCUUGACCCUGCACCGAGUUCACUCUGCAUGCAAUGUGCAAUCAACGAUAUGCACUAACAACACAGCAGUUCAGAGGGAAAUCCUUGAUCAGCAUAACACUCUCAGGCGAACUGUUCAGCCUACGGCAAGCGACAUGCUCAAGAUGAGCUGGAGUGAGGAGGCUGCAGCCACUGCUCAGGCAUGGGUUGAUACCUGUUCCAUGGCUCAUGGUCCACCCAGCAGUCGCAUGAUUGGAGACUAUGAAUGUGGCGAGAACCUCUUCAAAUCAUCUGAAUCAAUUGAUUGGACGAAAGUUGUCACAGUCUGGCACAGUGAAGUCAUGAAUUACCAAUAUCCUAAUGGCUCAAUCAAUGGUCAACCCAUUGGUCACUACACACAGGUAGUGUGGAAUAGCUCUUACAAAGUUGGCUGUGGAGUAGCCUUGUGUCCAGACUCAGUCUAUUUCUAUGGCUGCCACUAUUACAGAGCUGGGAAUUUCAUAGGAGUGCCACCAUACAAGGUUGGAGCGCCAUGUGCCAUGUGUCCCAAUGCAUGUGAAAACAACCUUUGCACCAAUCCCUGUCCUUACAUAAACAAGUAUCCCAACUGUGCAGCACUUAAAGCAAAGGGCGGGUGUGACAACAUAUGGGUGUCUAACAAUUGCGCUCCCCUCUGUAAAUGCCACAGUGAAAUCAUCCCAAUAGCUUGAAAAUUGGAAACUCAUAAGCGCAGCUAGUUCAGGCAGGGCAAUCGGGGACCUAAGGCGUCUUCAUGUUCAAGACUGUUGACAUAAAUACUUUCCUUGAUCAAAUUAUUUUUACAGUUUUGCAGUGGUUGACUUGAGCACAUGAUUAACACCACAUGAAUUUUUUUUUUUUUCUUGAAGAUCUAUUGUCAGUUUCAUGGAAUAUUGACCAGUGGAAAGCUUUCUGCGCUCUACAAACAUAAUUAGGUUUAAUGGUAAGAACAUGGGAUGAAAAUGAUGUUUGCACAAAGAACACUGACCUUAAAAUGCAAUUUCUGAAUUUUAGGAUAUAUUUUGUUAAUGAAUAUCAGUUGAGGAUAAUGAUUACAUUUAUGGACUUCUAUUCUACACUUUCCUGUAAUGUGG